CAACUCCAUAGCUCACUCAGAAACAUUUCACCCAGAGCGUCUUCGUAUACGCCUCUGGUUAUUCCUCUGCUCUUUUUCUCCCCCAAAUCUUUCUUUAGCGUCCUACAGAUCCCUUUACGAAGCGAAAAUGAGAGAGUGCAUCUCGAUCCACAUCGGUCAGGCUGGUAUCCAGGUCGGAAAUGCUUGCUGGGAGCUUUACUGCCUCGAACACGGCAUUAAGCCCGAUGGGCAAAUGCCCGGUGACACCACCGUAGGCGGCGGCGACGACGCCUUCAACACCUUUUUCAGUGAAACCGGCGCCGGGAAGCACGUUCCGCGUGCAGUCUUCGUCGAUCUGGAGCCAACUGUGAUCGACGAGGUCCGCACAGGAACAUACCGCCAGCUCUUCCACCCAGAGCAGCUCAUCAGUGGCAAGGAAGAUGCAGCCAACAACUUUGCCAGAGGUCAUUACACCAUUGGUAAAGAAAUUGUUGAUCUCUGCCUUGACAGGAUCCGCAAGCUGGCCGAUAACUGCACUGGAUUGCAAGGAUUCCUCGUCUUCCAUGCUGUUGGUGGUGGUACCGGAUCUGGACUUGGAUCUCUCCUUCUUGAACGGCUCUCCGUCGAUUACGGCAAAAAAUCAAAGCUAGGGUUCACCAUUUACCCCUCCCCUCAGGUUUCAACUGCUGUUGUUGAGCCUUACAACUCUGUGCUGUCGACACAUUCCCUUCUCGAGCACACUGAUGUUGCUGUCCUUCUUGACAAUGAGGCCAUCUAUGACAUCUGCCGCAAAUCUCUCGACAUCGAGAGGCCUACUUACACCAACCUCAACAGGCUCAUUUCCCAGGUUAUUUCUUCCUUGACUGCUUCACUCCGAUUCGAUGGUGCGCUGAACGUGGACGUCAACGAGUUCCAAACCAACCUGGUCCCAUACCCCAGAAUCCACUUCAUGCUCUCGUCAUACGCGCCUGUGAUCUCUGCCGAGAAGGCGUACCACGAGCAGCUCUCUGUUGCGGAAAUCACCAACACUGCGUUCGAACCGUCCUCCAUGAUGGUCAAGUGCGACCCCCGCCAUGGCAAGUACAUGGCCUGCUGUCUGAUGUACAGGGGUGAUGUUGUCCCCAAGGAUGUCAACGCAGCUGUUGCGACGAUCAAGACGAAGAGGACGAUCCAGUUUGUCGACUGGUGCCCCACCGGGUUCAAGUGCGGCAUCAACUACCAGCCGCCGACUGUCGUCCCUGGUGGCGAUCUGGCCAAGGUUCAGCGCGCUGUGUGCAUGAUCUCGAACUCGACGAGCGUGGCUGAAGUGUUCUCGAGAAUUGAUCAUAAGUUUGAUCUUAUGUACUGCAAGAGGGCGUUUGUGCACUGGUAUGUUGGUGAGGGUAUGGAGGAAGGGGAGUUCUCGGAGGCUCGGGAGGACUUGGCGGCGCUGGAGAAGGACUAUGAGGAGGUCGGGAUGGAGUCGGGAGAUGGAGAUGAUGAGGAGACUGAUGAGUACAAUUGAGGAAGUAGAUGAUGAUGGAGGGAGGAGUUGAGAAGAAGUGUUUAUGAUGCAUGCCAAAUGAUCUCUUUGGUGUUUGUUUCUUUUUCUUUAUGUACCGUUUGUGCUGUGUUUUGUGGUUUGGAACUUUAUGUGGUUUUCUUCUUAGUAUUAUGAAUUGAAUCUGUUUGUGCUUGGAA